AUGGAUGAUUUGCAACUUACACCAAUUGACGAACUUGAAGGGUACAAGUCCGAUGACGAUACCAGUCGUUAUCAAUUCUCUGAACAACCCACAGACACUGAAAGGGUAGACUUUCUAUCUAUUAAAGAUCGCAUUGAUAAAGUAUUUGAUUCGUUCUCCCGUGAAAUAGACCAUCAAAAGGAGAUAUUUGAUGAACUAGUCCGUAAGGCCACCUUCGAAAUUGAACAGAUUAAAGAAUCAAAAAUAAACAUACUUAAGGAAAUAGACGAAUUGAGAAACAAGUGUAAGCAUGUCACUAAUGACAUCGAAACUAUAGAGGGGCUUCUGGAUCGUUGGAAUGGAUUAGAUAAUGCCAGACGGGAAACAGAAAGGGCUAAAAAUCUGGUCCACGAUCUACAAAAGAAUCGUACACUGCUAAUCACACAGCACAAAGAGACGCUAACAGAGCUGCAAAAUAUUGGAAGUAAGAUUCCUCAGAAUGAAAGAUUACAUGCAUUAGAAUUGGCUCUGGGAAUUGAAAUGUCAUGCCGUGAUGGUUGUAUUGUCAUAAAAUUUUCACAAAUCGGUACAAAUGACCCAUACUUUAGCUUCAAAAUCGAAAACAAUCGCUACAUAGGCGUGGUAUGUGAGCCCUUACUAUCGGACUUCUUCUCUCUAAUAGAUUCACUGAACAAUGGGAUGACAUUUUCCCAAGUCUGUCUCAAAUUCAUCAAUAAGUGGUCCACAAGGCACUAA